AUGGCGACGCUGGUUCUGCUCCUGUCUGUGCUCAGUUUGGCUGCUGGUGGAAAGGUGCUGGUAACAUAUGUGGAUGGGAGUCCUUGGUUCACCAUGCGGGAAGUGUUGGACAGACUCAGGCAGAAGGGGCAUGAAAUAGUCGUCGUUGCACCAGAUAUAAAUUUAAACAUUAAGCCAACGGAGAAUUUUGUUAUGAAAACUUACCCAGUUCCUUACAAACAGGAAGAGUCAGACGGAGUUUUUCAGGCAUUUUUACAAGAUUUAUUUGAAGAAGGAUCUUUUUUGGAAAGAUUUCUUAAAGCAUACAAAGGUGUAAAAAACGUCUCUGAUGAGGUAUUAUCCGACUGUGCACGCUUACUGUCCAACAAGGAGCUUCUCAGAUAUCGGGAAAGCAAGUUUGAUGCCAUACUUUCCGACCCUGCCCUACCCUGCGGGCCCAUCCUGGCUGAGCAUCUCUCAGUCCCUUCCGUGUUUUUUUUGCGACUAAUACCCUGUGCUUUAGAUAUUGACGCCACUCAAUGUCCCAAUCCACCUUCUUAUGUCCCCAGGGGAUUCACAGACCUUGCAGACAGCAUGAACUUUCUGCAGCGCGUG